CAGAGUCAGGGACCUGCCUUCAGUCGAAUGACACACUUCCUGUACAGGUGUUAUUUUACACAUCAAUGUAUUGGCUUUAAUCCGAGAGAGCUUCAGUCUGCUGACUGCCCAGUGUAGACCAUGGCUCGGUGUCACACUGACUGUCUGGAGAAACCUCUCUGUAAAGUGUUCGGGAAGUUGGGAGCCCUCGUUGGGCGAUAUCCAUGGUGGUUUUUGGUGAUUCCUCUGAUCAUUUCUACAGCUCUCGGCGCAGGGUUUUAUUUCUUUGAGCAAAAUGAAGCGAAUGACAUAGAGGAGCAGUUCACUCCUAUUCACGGUCAGGCAAAGUCUGAGAGAGAGUUUAUUAUGAAACACUUUCCAACUCAUGAUUCUCUGCCCUUCUCGGCGCCGAGGCUCUACACAGAGGGGACCUUUGCUUCUUUCAUCGCUGUUGCUAAAGGUGGCAACGUCCUCACAGAGGCAGCAUUUAAAGAGAUUCUGCGGCUCGAUGGGGAAGUUAAAGGGUUUGUUGUUGAUAAGAAUAACUAUUCCAGUCUUUGUGCCAAAGCAGGAGAUUCCUGCUUCUCCAAUGUAAUGUUAGACUGUAUACAGUACGAUGCUAGUCUAGUGGAGAGCUUUAAAUUUACUUAUCCCGUCCAGAAUAGCACAGAAUGUAAUGGUUUCAUUGGUUUGUCUGUGGGGGGAGUGAAGUUAGAGGGAAAUUAUAUUAAAACAGCUUCUGCUGUUAGACUUGAUUAUUAUUUACGAGAUGACGACGCAGCAGAAAAUGUAGUUUACGAGCGGUGGCUGAAGAAGUUUGUUGAAGAUCUUCAAAACAAAUCAACAAAUCUGCAGUAUAUUCAGGUUUCAUAUUACACUUCCGUAUCAAGACAGACAGAGUUUGAAGGAAGCACCAAAGAAAUUGUACCACUAUUUUCAAUCACCUAUUUCCUUUCAAUAUUCUUUUCCAUUGUGUCUUGUACGAGGUUGGACCCUAUAAGGAAUAAGUUCUGGGUGGCUGCUCUGGGAGUGAUAUCAGCUGGAUUAGCUGUGCUCACAGGCUUUGGACUGCUGCUGUUUUGUGGGGUUUCAUUUGCCAUCAACACAGCUAAUGCACCAUUCCUCAUUCUCGGUAUUGGUGUUGAUGACAUGUUCAUUAUGCUCUCCAGUUGGCAGAAGACAAAGGUUCAUGCUAAAAUCGAAGAUCGCAUGGCAGCCACAUAUGCUGAAGCUGCCGCUUCCAUUACCAUAACGACUCUGACUGAUGUGAUAGCCUUUUACAUUGGUGUCAUGACACCUUUUCGAUCUGUGCAGUCAUUUUGCUUGUAUACAGGUACUACCGUUUUGUUCUGCUUCAUUUACAACAUUACAUUUUUUGGGGCGGUUCUGGCACUGAAUGGGAGAAGAGAAAACAGUAACAGGCAUUGGCUGACUUUCAGGAAGAUUCAAAUGCACCAUCAACCAGGAGAAUCGAAAUUCUAUGGAAUGUGCUGUGUUGGUGGGGAGUAUGAUGAGAUGUCCGGUGCUGAAACAGAGCAUCCAAUUUAUCUCUUCUUUAAGAAAUAUUAUGGCCCAUUCCUCACCAAUAUAUGGACCAAGGUAUUUGUGGUACUGCUGUAUGCAGGGUAUUUGGCAGGUGGUAUCUAUGGCUGUUUCCAGUUACAGGAAGGAUUUGAUCUUAGAAAUCUGGCCACUGACAAUUCAUAUGUGAUUAAAUUCUAUGACCAUGAAGAUAUGUUUUUCUCACAAUAUGGCCCUCGGGUCAUGGUAUCAGUCUCAGAAUCAGUGGACUAUUGGAACACCAGUGUUCAGACUGAAAUUGAACGCUGUAUGGGCAAAUUUGAAAAUAGCAUUUAUGUAGAUCAGAGUCUAUCAGAGUCUUGGCUUCGAACAUACAUUGACAUUUCUAAACUGAUGUCUAUUGAUAUAACGGCGUCUGAUUCCUUCAUAGCAAAUUUACCUAAAUUGUUUAAGAUUGUCCCUUUAUUUCAACAAGAUAUUGAACUCUCACAAGAUAAUAAAAGCAUAACAGCAUCACGGUUUUUUAUUCAGACCAAAAAUGUCAAUGACUCAAUUGCCGAAAAAANCAUGAUGACUGAACUGAGAGAUCUGGCCGAGAGCUGUACAAUCCCUUUACAAGUGUAUCAUUCAGCGUUCAUUUACUUUGAUCAAUAUCUUGUUAUACAGAUCAACACAAUACAGAAUGUGGCUGUGGCAGCAGGUGCAAUGCUGGUUGUUGCCUUGUUGUUAAUUCCGAAUCCAAUUUGUUCUGUGUGGGUGACAUUAGCUGUCGCCUCUAUUUUAGCUGGUGUGGCUGGUUUCAUGGCUCUGUGGGAUGUUAAUCUAGACUCCAUAUCUAUGAUUAAUCUGGUUAUUUGUAUUGGGUUUUCAGUUGACUUCACAGCCCAUAUUUCAUAUGCAUUUGUUUCAAAUGACAAAGCAAGUGCCAAUGAACGUACCAUCGAAGCAUUGUACACUCUUGGCUAUCCCAUUAUCCAGGGGGCGCUUUCCACUAUUCUGGGUGUUGUUGUGUUGGCUGCUGCAAACAUUUACAUAUUUCGGACAUUUUUCAAAAUCAUGUUUCUUGUCAUAUUGUUUGGUGCAAUUCAUGGCAUCGUCUUUAUGCCGGUGUUUCUGACAUUUUUUGGAAUAUGUGGCAAGCGAAAGGUUAACAAAGGAAAGGCGAUACCAAUUGGAAUGGGAAGUACUACAAAAAAGCAGUUAAAUAUUGAUGGGUUUUAGACUUGAGACCUUCAACCCUCCCUUGCCUCCUUCAAGACCCAUCUCAAGAUCCUCCUCUUCAACCGUGCCUUCGGUCAUCCUCAUUCCCCCACUGCCCUUCAUCCUCCCCGAUCCCGACCCCCAGCUCAGGUCCGAAACACUGAUUGUCCAGCACCUUGGGAUGUCCUCCUGACGUGAAAGGAGCUAUACAAAUGUAAUUUUCUUCUGAACAGCUGCCAUGUACAUUUUCAUACUUAAACUACUCUUGGUUUAGACCAAACACAUGAAAGAAUCAACACAAUGCUUUUGUACUUCACCCAAUAUUACAUUGCAUCACACAGCUCCUAUAUUUUUUCAUCAUAAUACUGCAAUUGUUUUUACACUGGACACACAAGAGAAUAAGAUGGAAGUAUUUCACAGGGUUUACUGUAAUGUUUUGUGACUGUGCAUUUUGUAGACAAAACAGGAUAAAAUAUUCUCACAGAGCCCAUGAUUUUUUUUGCUUAUCUCAGAAGCCCUUGUCCUCUUUAUUUUUCCAUUAUUGUCUACCUGAGGUCCAAAAUUUUCAUGAUUUUAAUCUGAAGAUCAUUGUCUUAAAAUGCAAGAACCUGCAGAUUUUUUGAAGAAAUAGAAUAUUCAGAACAACUGGCAUUUAGAUAGCGCUCUUCACGAAAGUCAAAUUAUAAACAAAAAAUAAAUUUGACAUUAAAAUUCAGGUUUAAUUUGCGAUCCAUUUUUCUGCAGGGUUUUUUAAGAACUGUUUCUGGACACAAUUUAGAAUUUUAAGACAAAGGUCUGAAGGGUGCUUUCUAUUAAAAAAGACCUAUUCCUAUCAAGUUUGUUUCGUUCAAACGGUGUAUUAUCUGGACUCCAAUCUGCACAUUUAACAUUCUCAGGAAAUGUUCACAAGUAUGUUCCCGUCUCCCAAAGUUAAUCGAAGCUAAAACUCUAAAAUAUCGACCUAUUCAAUGUAUUUCAGAAUUUCAAUGUAUAUUGUAAACACAAAUUUGCAUAGUUACGUAGGUUGCGGGCAAAAUAUUUUUACUGGAAAUGCUGAUUUAUGUAUUUUGAAAUGCAGAGGUUUUGUUAAUCUUGUCAAGCAUUUAAAAGCAUUCAAGACUGAGAUAGAUACAUUUCUUAUUGCAAAAGGGAUUAAGGGAU